UCUCAGCGAUAACGGUCUGAACUCUAAAUGGCUGCUCUUCCUUCAUCUUCCUUUCUCAGUCUCCAAUUUGGUAUCCGUAAGCUGUUCUUCAUUCAUCUUCUUCCUGAAAGGUGUUGUCAUCGCAAUGACAAUUAUGAUAGCUUCAGGCCCUACACGGUUAAGUGCAGAGUUACUAGGCCCAAAGAGGCUUCUCCGGCGAAUUCUUCUUCUUUCAUAAGAGAACCUCACAAGUAUUUCGAUCAGGUGAUAAUCACAGUUCGUUCUGGAGAUGGAGGCCACGGUGCAAUUCUUAGCUUACCUAAGCAGAGAUCUGCUAACUCAAAGGGCAACGAUAAAGACAAGACAAGGAAGAAGAGCUCGUUCAAAAGAGAUUUUGAUGGGUCACUUAUUCUUCCUACGGGUGGGCAUGGAGGGGAUGUAGUAAUUUAUGCGGAUGAGGGAAAAGAUUCCUUAUUGGAGUUUCACGCGAAAGGCCGAUUUAACGCAAAACGCGGUGGAAAUGUUGAUGCUAUGUGUGUUUUAACCUCGCAGUUGCAUGAUGGAUUCGCUGCUCCAACUCUGCGUAUUCCUGUGCCUAUAGGUACUGUCGUCAAGCAUAAAAGAGGGAAGCUACUGGCUGAUUUAGCUCAACCAGGCGAUGAAGUACUUGUUGCAAGGGGUGGCCAUGGAGGGAUUAGCUUGCUUGAAGCACCAGAUCAUAGAAAGAAAAGGUUAAUGGCUUUAACCACAAAUGUGCUAAGAGAUGACAAUGACAAGGUUUUAGUUCUUGGUCAGCCUGGGGAGGAGGUUAGUUUGGAGUUGAUUCUUCGAGUUGUUGCUGAUGUUGGUCUAGUUGGUCUUCCAAAUGCUGGAAAAUCGACACUCUUGGCAGCUAUAACACAUGCUAAACCUGAUAUUGCUGAUUAUCCUUUCACAACAUUGAUGCCAAAUCUUGGGCGCCUAGAUGGUGAUCCAACAUUAGGGGCAGCGAUGUAUUCAUCAGAAGCAACAAUGGCAGAUUUGCCUGGUCUUAUAGAAGGUGCUCAUUUGGGGAAGGGUCUUGGUCGAAACUUUUUGAGGCACCUUAGAAGAACUCGGGUAUUGGUCCAUGUUGUUGAUGCAGCUGCUGAGGACCCUGUGAAUGAUUAUAGAACCGUUAAAGAGGAAUUGAGGAUGUACAAUCCCGAGUACCUGGAAAGACCAUACAUUGUGGUGCUAAAUAAGAUUGAUCUUCCUGAGGCAAGGGAUAAGCUUCCAUCUUUGACUGAAGAAAUAUCAAGAAUUGGUAGUGACAAGGUCAAUAAUGGAGAUAAUACUGGUAAAGAGAGAGAGGACCAUCCUGCCCCAAAAACUGAAAAAGAAAUAGAGGAUUAUCCAGCCCCUCUUGCUGUCGUGGGUGUUAGCGUCCUGAAAGGCAUCAAAGUGAAUGGGAUGUUGAAGGAAAUAAGAGCUGCCUUAAAAAAGUGCAGCGAUUCUAACAAGGCGUUGGAGCCAAGUGAGGGACGGUGAGAGCAUACAAGUCGUAGAAAGUCUUCAUCACACUUGAGGCUACCAAUUCGUCAAAACGAACCUUACCAUACUUCUGGAUCAGUGGAUAAAAACUCUUAAUCAAGUGAAGCACAAUUGUUGGUCUAGAGCUGCCAAAAACCUAUCCAUGCUGGAGAUUUGCUUAUACGCUGAAGCGCUUACUAUAGUCCUUGAAUCUCUGUCUUCGUCAUAUAGAUUGGAUCCAUAGGAUUUGGCUUGAUUCUCUAGCUCCUGUAUAAUGUCAUCGUUGGUAAAUUGUGGCAAAUUUUGUAUUUGCAUAUACUGAUUUGCAAGGCAUAGUCUCUACAGUGUCUGGCUGCUUUCAGGGGCUUGUAAAUAUUUGAUUUCAAUUUCGUGGGAAAAUUUUACUAUUCCGAGAUUUUAUUAAAUUGACAAUGAAAAUUGUGGAAAUGUUGGCAAA